AUGGGUAAGCGCGGAAAGAAGGGCGGCGGCGGUCGCGAACGCCAAAACUGGCAGCAAGUCGCCAGGGAAAAUGCCAAGUUCGAAAGCUACUACAACGAACAGGGAUUUAUCCCCGAAGAGGAGAGGGAGGCCUUCUGGGAGGCCAUUAGGAGAGAUCUCCCGAACAGCUUCCGUUUCACUGGGUCACGAGGCCAUGCGUUAGCUGUCCAGGAGAAACUCAAGAACUUCUACAUCCCCGAAAUCACUUCGAUCAAGUAUGAGGGCAAAGAUGUCGAGCCUCCUCGUCCCGUUCCCUGGUAUCCCGACCAACUCGCCUGGUCCAUGACCACCCCCAAGCAGGUUGUUCGCCGCUUCGCCCCCUUCGCUUCGUUCCAGAAAUUCCUCGUCGCCGAGACCGAAGUCGGCAACAUCAGCAGACAGGAGGUGGUUAGCAUGAUUCCCCCUCUUCUGCUUGACGUUAAGCCCGGCAUGACCGUUCUGGAUAUGUGCGCUGCCCCUGGUAGCAAGUCCGCACAGCUCAUGGAGAUGAUCCACGCCGGCGAGGAGGAAUCCAUGCAACAAGUGACCGCGAAGGUGGCUGAGGGAACUGCUUCCGCCGAACCUAUGGGACCGGAAGGUCUAGGUGACGACGGCAGAACCACCGGCUUGCUGAUCGCCAACGACGCCGACUACAAGCGCGCCCACAUGCUGAUCCACCAGAUGAAGCGACUGAGCUCUCCUAACUUGAUUGUGACGAAUCACGAUGCCACAAUGUUCCCUUCGAUCAGAUUGCCUCCGGAGCCCGCUCCGGAAGGAAAGCCCGUUAAGAACAAAUACCUCAAGUUUGACCGUAUCCUGGCUGAUGUGCCUUGCACCGGUGAUGGAACGGCGAGAAAGAACUGGGGUGUCUGGAAGGACUGGAACUACAACAACGCUUUGGGAUUGUACGCCACUCAGGUUCGGAUCCUUGUCCGCGCUCUGCAGAUGCUGAAGGUCGGUGGCCGUGUGGUCUACUCCACCUGCAGUAUGAACCCUAUCGAAAACGAGGCCGUCAUUGCCAGCGCUUUGGAGCGCUGCGGCUCUGCCAAUGUCCGCAUCCUCGACUGCAGCAAUGAGCUUCCCGGACUGAAGAGAGCCCCUGGCUUGAAGACAUGGAAGGUCAUGGACCGUGAGGGUCGCAUGUACAACAGCUGGAAGGAGGUUGAAGAGCGCAAGGAGCGCGAGGGAAUCAGCGGCCUUGGCCGGGUUGCCGAGGGCAUGUUCCCCCCCACCGAGGAUCUGCCCCUCGACAGGUGUCUCCGUAUCUACCCCCACAUGCAAGACACUGGCGGCUUCUUCAUUACCGUUCUGGAGAAGGUGUCUGAGAUCCGUGCCAAGCCCGAGGACUCCUCCAAGGUCAUCCCUAAGGCUUCCAUUGCUGCCCUUACGGAAGAGCUUGACUUCAAGCAGAAGAAUGGAGACGAGGCUCAGCCGCAGGCUGCUCCCCAGAAGCGCAAGAACGGUCAGCCAAUCGAGGAGCCCUUCAAGUAUCUGGACCCCAACCAGGAAGAGCUCGACCCGAUCUACAAGUUCUACGAGAUCUCUGAUCGUUUCCCUCGGGACCGCUUCAUGGUGCGCAACGCCGAGGCGAUCCCGGCUCGCACUAUCUACUACACCAGCUCUCUGGCCCGCGACAUCUUGACCGCAAAUGAGAAGCAAGGCAUGAAGUUCGUGCACUGUGGUGUCAAGAUGUUCGUGCGCCAAGAUGUGCAGCGUCCUGAGGUCUGCCGGUGGCGCAUCCAGACCGAUGGACUGAGGAUUCUCAACCCUUGGCUGGGUCCUGCUAGAGCCGUCACCCUGACUAAGAAGGAGACUCUGCACAGACUUCUCGUGGAGAUGUUCCCCAAGGUCGACGGUGAUAGCUGGACGGAGCUUGGAGAGAUUGGCGAGCGUGUCAGAGACAUCCCCAUGGGCUGCAGUAUCCUGCACAUCAAGCCGGAUGCCGACGAGACCUUCCAUGAGCGGAUGACCCUCCCUCUUUGGCGGUCCCUGCACUCCGUCAACCUCAUGCUUCCCAAGGAGGACCGUCGCGCCAUGCUUCAGCGUCUCUUCAACGAUGACACUCCCUUGGUUAACACCACACAGAAGCGAGAGGCCCAGUCGUCGACGCCGAUCACUCCUGCCACUGAGGCCGUCGACGGAGAGGAGACCCCGGUCACUGCUCCCGCCGAGACUGAAGAAGAGGUAAUCAAGCGUGAGAAUCUGCAGCUUGGCGAGGAUGAGCAGGAACAGAUGGACACGCGCGAGACGUAUUCAAAGGCUGGUGACGAGGAGGAUCGCUUUAACACGACUGUAUAA